AGAUACAUCGCUGUCAUGCUCCAAUCGAGCAAAAGUCCUUAUCGAGGCGCUGUCGCUGCUGACAUCACAGGCGCCAUUCUCAAGACGCAUGCCGAGAAAGGUCAGCCUGCGCGAUACUGGGACCGAGCAGAGCAGGAACGGAGGCUUAUGGUGGCAUUCAGCAAAUGGGCAGACAAAGGUGUUUGGUCAGCUGCAGCGCAGAAAGUUCACCAAGAACAGUUGAAACAUGUCCGCAGAGGGUGCCUCGAGCGCAGCGUCCAAGGCAUCAGAGCUGAUGGGAGUCGCAUUGAGGGAUCCCACAAAGGGUGGAAUUCCCUUCAGCGAGCACAGCCAAGCGGUGUGACGAUGCUCGCUGCCCUCGGCCAUGAUUUUGUCCUCCGUCGCAACGUGCGAGUGGCUUUCAGCAGGCCCGAACUCACGCCAUUCCUCAAGUUCGCCAACGGUUCACAUCACCUCCGACUCUGUGACUACAUAGCGAGGCUUCACAACACGCUCCAGCAAAAAACUACUGACUCUCAGCUGCAGCUUCUUCCUGAGCUUGGUGACAUCGACUCAGGCGAGACUUUUGGGUUAGUUAUGUCAGAUCAUGUAGCAACAUUCGGUGGUCUUUUGAUCAAGGAGGAGAACAUUGAGAAGGGCCUACUUGACUCCUUUGAUUCGUCUGUUGACUCCACCACAGGUGAGGAAGUCGACCUUGCGUUUCUUGCCAGUCGGAAUGUCAUCAUCAACGAGUGGCAAAUCGACCCCGCCCUUCUUACGCUCCCAGCUGAAACUUCAAGACCAAUGGUAAGUAACAACACCUCCAUUCAACCCCCCCAUAUCUCAUUUUUUUUUGUGCAGAAACCUUCAGCACCAAAGAGAAAGGCUGUCUGCAUCUCGUUGGACUCGGACGAUGAAGGGGAUGCCAGCGGCGGCACCAUCAAAAAACUACGAACCUUAGCAUUGCCCAGCACAGAAGUUCCUAGCAUGGCCCCAGGUACUGGACGACUCGAUGCGUACUUUCCUUCUGUGCAAGACCAUCAACGUCACCAGCGAUCACCCAGUGAUUCCUGGGGCUACUGCAGAGGUAUGUGCAAUCAACACCCGACCAGCGUUACACGCGAAAACUCCCUCCCGAAUUCUCACAGGAUCGCCCAGUGCGUUACACGCGAAAACUCCCUCCCGAAUUCUUCACAGGAUUGCCCAGUGCUUGGCAGCACUGGCAUCAAUAACUCGAUGGCUAUCGCGGCAGGCCAGACCCGGUCUCAGUGCCUGUUCUCCAUUUCCACGGGUAUUGAUCCUCGCUCGCUCACCUUCCAAAAUUCGGACGAGUUCUAUCUAUUUAUGGAAAUGCGGGCUGAGUUCAAAUGGCUGUCAUAUCAAAUGACUUCGAAGCGCUGGGUGCUGGCGACAGAAGAGUACAACCGCCGUCUCAUCAAGAAAAAGGGCCAGUCAGUCGUCCAGAAGAACCCACAAGCCCUCCUACGUGCGCUGGGUGACAUCGAGCCGAAGCUGAUGAGCAAAAUCACCAAGAAUGACUAUACCUCACGCAAAAACAGUGAGUCAUUUUGGCGCCGUCAUUGUUCCGUUGUCCCACUUGUGAAGGAAGAGCCAGGCAGAAAGGCUCGAAAGGCACAGACAUGCUCCCGCUGUCAAACAAUUAUGUAUCCAGGACCCGAGAACUCGCCCCUCAACCACAAGAAGGGGUAUUGCGCAGAUGGUGUCAAGCAGUCCUCCAAGGCUGCCGGCGAGGAACUGCCUCCCUGGCCUCAGCCACGAGGAAUCUUCUCUGAGGGCCGAACAUUCCACCCUCACGUGUUCCUGUCGACGGUCCAGCGCGUCUACGAGCACGUCUUCAUGCAGGGACCAGGAGAGACGGACCUGCUCGAGACCGAAGCAUUUUCGAAGCUGCUGAUUUCACGCACUGAGGUUCACGAGUCGGAUAACAUGGUGCUUUUUCGACUGUUCAAGGGUUUCGUCACUGACCCAACCACUCCCCGCGACCGGAUUGUCUCUCGCAAUGGUGAGGAGUGGCUGAGGAUUAACUACCUGCAGCAGUAA